AUGUCUGAGGCUUCAGGGGGUUUAGUGCUGGAGGAUUUUGUAGGGGCUACUUUAAGGAUCUGUUUGGGGCCCCGUAGAGUGUUAAAAGGUGUGCUUGUGGCGGUUGAUUGCCAUGCAAAUUACUUGCUGGACAAAGUGGUGGAACAUAAUGAGGAGAUGGUACGGGAAUUAGGGCUUGUUAGUGUUCCUUCGAAGUCGGUCGUGAGUGUGAAGAUGGAUUCAAGUCAGUUUAACAAGAUUCGAGACGAGAGGAUUUCUAUUAAAGGCAAGAUGGUAAAGGACACAUAG